UUGUUUCAGAACUCGUAAAAAAGGAACAUAAAUUUAAAGGUAUUCCUUUAGCCGUAAUUCCAUACUAUGAUGACUUCGAAGAGCUGCAUGAAGAAAGUACAAUUAAAACAACAGUCGUCUCUGGAAGUUAUCACGUCGACCCUCUUGUCAUGGACUAUGUAAUGAAUCACCUAAGAAUUGAAGAACAAUUCGAUUUAACAAAGGUGAAAUUCGAUGCAAGUUCAUCACGAUUUUAUUUUACAAAAGAGUUCGAAGAUUGCGAAGAUGAUGCGACAGAGUUUGAACAAAAAUUGAAAGAGUUUUUUCAUUUGUUUGUAAAAGAGGAAAUGAAAAUCCCGAAAGCUGUUUUUGAGCAAGUUAAGGAAGCAAUUGAAGGCAAGCGCAACGAAUUCGAAGGGGAGAAAGUCGAUUUUAAGUUUGAUGGUUUUCGUGUUAUUUUCGUUGGCAAAAGAGAGGACGUCGCUGGGAAUAAACAGUUAGUCGAAGCAAUGAUAGAUACGUUUACAGAAGAAGCAAAAAAGGGAUGGACAGAUUUUCCAAUAGAUGACAAAAAUAAGCUGAAAUUCCUGAAUUUCAUUGAUUAUUUUGAGAAGGUUGUGACAAAAUUUCCCGAAAUGCGAAUUCGUGGAAUGGAAAGUUCGUCCGGAAAAUUAUCGCUUGUAGGAGGAACAGAAGCGAAUAUAAAAGACGUCAAGAUAAAGAUCUUUGAAGAUUUGAUGAAGAUCUCGGAGAUAGACGUAAAGAUGAGUGUUCAUCAAAUAGACUUUCUGCAGCGGACGGAUUGUCAGAUUGUGAAUGAUGAACUGAAGAAGGAUGACGUCAUGUUAAUGUUGGUGUCCAUAGAAGGC